AUGCCCCUGCUGCCCGCCGCGCUCACCAGCAGCAUGCUCUAUUUCCAGAUGGUGAUCAUGGCAGGGACGGUGAUGCUGGCGUACUACUUCGAGUACACGGACACGUUCACGGUGAAUGUGCAAGGCUUCUUCUGCCACGACAGCGCCUACCGCAAGCCCUACCCGGGCCCGGAGGACAGCAGCGCCGUGCCCCCGGUGCUGCUCUACUCGCUGGCCGCCGGCGUCCCACCUUUGGUGAUAAUAGUUGGAGAAACUGCUGUGUUUUGCCUACAACUGGCCACAAGGGACUUUGAAAACCAGGAAAAAACUAUUUUAACUGGAGACUGUUGCUAUAUAAACCCACUGGUGCGGCGGACUGUACGAUUUCUUGGAAUUUACACGUUUGGACUAUUUGCUACGGAUAUUUUUGUAAAUGCUGGACAAGUAGUGACAGGGAAUCUGGCUCCCCAUUUCCUUGCUCUGUGCAAACCCAACUACACCGCGCUGGGAUGUCAGCAGUACACCCAGUUCAUCAGUGGGGAAGAGGCCUGCACUGGCAACCCAGAUCUCAUCAUGAGAGCAAGGAAAACUUUUCCAUCCAAAGAAGCAGCUCUCAGCGUCUAUGCAGCGAUGUAUCUGACAAUGUACAUUACCAAUACAAUCAAAGCCAAAGGAACAAGACUUGCUAAGCCGGUCCUAUGCUUGGGCCUAAUGUGUCUGGCCUUUCUUACUGGACUCAACAGAGUAGCAGAGUAUCGAAAUCACUGGUCAGACGUGAUAGCAGGCUUUCUGGUUGGGAUAUCUAUAGCAGUAUUUCUGGUAGUGUGUGUGGUAAAUAAUUUCAAAGGAAGACAACCAGAAAAUGAGCAUAUACACAUGGAUAAUCUGGCACAGAUGCCAAUGAUCAGCAUUCCUCGAGUAGAAAGUCCUUUGGAAAAGGUAACAUCUGUACAGAACCACAUCACUGCCUUCGCAGAAGUCACAUGAUAUUGAGGCAGACGGCUUUGCACUGCACUGGACAUCAUCCCUCUUCACCAUCCAUCCAUAACACCCAAAGUUUAUUUGAUUACAAGACUUUAUAAAGUUGUCUAAUAAUUUUAUAAUUUUUCAAAUCAGUGUUAAUCUAUCUGUUUCCCCCACUAGACUGUGAGCUCCUCAAGGGCAGGACUGUGUCUUUUUCUUCUCUGACUCCCCAGCACCUACAGCAAAGACUCGCACAAAGUAGGUGUUCAAUAAAAACAUGUUGACAGGCUGGACAAAUUCUUAAAUCAAAUGUUCACUUUUGUUUCUCACAGAAUCACUGCAAUGAUGUGAAAAACACAAGUCCUAUUUGUAGAGGAAUCCCUCCAUUUUGGGCUAGUUAAGCUUUUUAAUUUUUCUUAUAUCUGUUUAGCAGUAAACCAUAUUUCAUUUGAAGUGGACUUGGAAAGUCAUGGGGGUUUUUAUUUUAUUAUUCAGCAUGACAUCAUUCCCAUUCUAACAGAUUUCAGUGUGUGAAAUUACUUUACUUUUAGAAAGUAUGUUCUAUACUAAAAUACUGUUUGCACAUAAUAUUAAGCUAUAUUUCACUU